UCAAACAUUAGUAAACAUCUCCUCUCUCUCUUCAACGCCGCUCUCAUUCCAUCAUCUUACAGCUCCUAUACAGCAACUCAUGUGUUGUACUCCUCUCCAAAAGAAGAAAAAUUUCAGAGACGGAUGUUAUUGGGUGAGAGAAUUACUAUAUCAUUGUGUUGUUAGGGUUUGAGGUCAAAAACACGCCUGAGUCAACAAAAAUAGACAAAUUAGUAUUCGAAGAGUUGUAAGAUGGAUGCAUCCAAGCAUCAAUCUUUCUUCCAAGACAUCAAUUCAAGGGAGCUUAAUGGAUACAGAGUUAAACGACGACCCUAUAUCAGUCACGAAUCAUCUGAUUUCAACGAAAUCGGAGCUCUGGCAGUUGACCACAACGGCUUCACGCCACCUCCAAUGGCCCUCUCGUUCUGCAAGACGAGUAAAAACUCGCAUAUUGUAGCUGUGGCUGACGAGGGUGGCUACCUUAGCUUGUUUAACACUCGGGUCAAAUUUCCUUCUUCUUCUACUCACCUGCAAAAUGCAGAAAAAGCGAAGGUGUCAGAGUGGGCUGCUCAUGAUAAUGCCAUAUUUGAUGUAUGUUGGAUCAAGGAAGAUACCAAUAUCUUAACAGCUUCAGGUGAUCAAAGUAUAAAGGUAUGGGAUGCACAAGGAAAGCAAUGCGUGAGAGCACUAAUGGGUCACACUGGGAGUGUGAAAUCCAUUUGUCCUCAUCCUACAAAUCAUGAUGUUAUUGUUUCUGGUGCCAGAGAUGGGUCUUUUGCCCUUUGGGACUUGAGAUGCUCUGACAGUAGCAGUGAAAACCUUUGCAUACCGUCAAUUGCUACCGUCCAUGAGGCUCACAUGUCUCCUCAUCAGAGACGAACUAGACGUGGAAAGGCUUCCCCCGUGAGCAUUACAUCAAUUCUUUACCUAAAAGAUGAGCUCUCCAUAGCUAGUGCUGGAGCAGUUGACAGUGUCAUAAAGUUCUGGGAUACAAGGAAUCUCAAAUGUCCCAUUAUUCAGGCAUGCCCUCAUCCUGAGGUGUCAACACAGAAGGGAAAGCGAUUCCAUGGAGUAUCUAGUUUGUCUCAAGACAUAAAUGGAGUGUUUAUUUCUGCAUCAUGCAUGGACAACAGAAUCUACUUGUAUAGUGUACUUAAGGCAGAUAAAGGGCCAGUAAAAACUUUCACAGGAUGCAAAAUAGAAUCAUUUUUUGUCAAGUCAGCUAUAAGUCCUGAUGCAGCUCAUAUUCUCAGUGGUUCCAGUGAUGGAAGCGCCUACAUAUGGCAGGUAAACAAGCCUCUUGACGAUCCGAUUAUAUUGAAAGGUCAUGAUGGAGAAGUUACAGCACUAGAUUGGUGCACAUCAGAAACGGGUAAAGUUGCUACAGCAUCAGAUGAUUUCACAGUGCGUUUUUGGAACAUCCACAGCAGUUGUUACUCAAACACAACAUCUCCAUCAUCCAUCCGAAAGAAAGUAACAGCAGUUUCUUGUAUGCAACGUCGGAAGCUGUUUUCAGAUGAAAAACCAGUCAGCAUCAAGAAUGACUCUACUAACUGUGACUCAAACUUGACAUGUCAUCAAGAAUUGCCUGAUCUUAUUACCAUCCCUGAAAUGAGUACUCCAGUAUCAAAGAAGAAAAAACAUUUACAAGGUUUUGAACUUCAAGAAAACUUUGAGAAAACUCCAGAAACUGCAAAGAAAAGCCCUUCUUCUGUUCUGACUCCCCCUUCCUCUUUGAGGAAAACAAUCAGAGAUUACUUUGUAGUCACACCUUCAGGGUUACACAGUCAAUGACAGAACCUGUAGCUUGAAGAAUUUAACUUUCUAGCCUAUACAUAGCAAACAGGUUCAGAUAUAUCCCUUUAUUAUCCUA